UUUAAUAAAAUCAAUGCGAAAAAUACAAACCUUUGAAUUGCACGAGCAACACGAUUCAUCGAAAAGCAUUUGAGUGUUUUACACCGAGAAACGUCAAGCAAUGAGUGACAGAUGAUAAUAACAUAAACAACUUUCAUUCGCACAAUAGAUGCGGCUUCUUCUGCUUUACAUUUUAAAAUGAAUCGCAAUGGAACAUCAAAAUUCUUCUACUCCGAUUCCACCGUCAUUAAACAAUAGAAUCAACGCUUUGUUGCGGCUGUGCCGAGUUUGUUUGGCUAAAACAGAUACAAAUUUCAUAUCCAUACAUUCGUUGUAUUCAUGGAGUGGAACCGAAAAUCGUUCGACGGUAUCGAUGAUAAAGAAUUUGUUGAACGUGAAUAUUUCUAGUGAAAAGCAGCAGCCACAGCGAAUCUGUUCAAAGUGUUUCAACAAAGUACGCUUGAUUUAUGCAUUUCGAAAUCAAUGCCAUGGAACCAAUAUCAAGUUGAGGGAAUUUCACAAGCAAAUUGUGGGCAAAUCAAACAUUCAACAGUCGAGGACAGACGGUGGACCUGAAAAUGUUACUACAAAAUAUGAAACCACUUUGAAAAUCGUUAACAAUUUGCACUUGGACAUUGCGAGUCAAACAGCUGAUGCGUAUACGGAGAGGCAGGAAAAGUCUAUUGUUGACGAUUCCUCAAAUCCUAGCAUGGAUUCACCGACACUCGACCAGAGUUAUAUCAGAUAUUCAACUGAUCCAUACGAAGAUAUUGCCAUUACAAUUGAGGACAACCACCAAAAUAAGAAUUCAGAGAGAGAAAAUGAGGCUGCCAAAUUACACAAGAGUUCAAAUGUGAUAGAAGUUUCACCAGAUGUCAAAGAAAUUCCUCAAUCCACCGAUGAAUCCAUUGCUCCACCUGGGGAUAUCAAACGGAAAAAACGAACCGAUAAUAGUGACGAUGUAGUGAAUUUCAGCCCAGCCUCCGAGCUAUGUGCACUUUGUGGAUUACAAUUCGAAAAUUCAGCCGAGUACAUCCGCCAUAUGCGUACGAAGCAUGACGAAGGUGCCAAUGAGAAGAAAUUCAAGUGCCAAUACUGCGGAAAAGGUUUCAGACAAAAAGCUGGUCGAAACUUACAUCACAAUCUACACACACAGGAAGAGAAAUUCAUAUGUGAUUUAUGCGGAAAGGUUUUCCUAACCAAAAUCAGUAUUAUACUCCAUUUUAAGUAUCAUUUCGGUAUAAAAAAGCACGCGUGUACCGAAUGCGGUUAUCGUUUCGUCACUCCACGUGAGGUUCGAGAUCACAUAAAGAAGAAACAUUCGGCCAAAUCGAUAGCUUGUACUUACUCCAAUUGUUCUGCAACAUUCAGCAGUGAAUACCAUCUAAAUAUUCAUCUGCGAGUGCAUGAUACAAAUCAUGCGUACGUUUGUGUUAUUUGUGGCGUGGCCACGGUCAACAAAUACCGUCUAACGGAACACAAACGAAUUCAUAGCGGCGUCAACAAAAGCAAAUGUCCAAUUUGUUUGAAGGUGUUCGCUAGACAACGCAAUGUCGCACGACAUAUGAAAACAAGACACAAAGAUCACAAACUUUAGAAAUAAAUUUUUCAAAACCAAAAAAAAAA